AUGGGGGAUUUCGGGAAUCCCUUCGCCACGCCGCCGUCACACUAUGGCAACACACUCGUCGACAACGCUACCACUAUGGACAAGAUCAAUCGCCUCUGCCUCGUCUGCAACUUCCUCGACCGUCUGCCUAUAGAUCUGAGUGUUUCACAUGAUGUUCCCGUCGACACGCCCGACCUCGCCUCCGCCAUUAGCACCUUGCAGCUCGACCUCCCUAUCAAUGUGUCCAUGAUGCGCGGGCCGUCCCGCUCUCGGGACGAGCAACACCAACAACAGUGGCGGCUCCCGCUGCGGUUCAUGCAGAAGAUCGACGCCUGCGUGCAGAAGCUUCUCCGGUGCUCCCGGACAGACAUGUCGGUCGCGCUGCGGGACUGGGUUGCUGGGUCGCCUCAGCCGAGCCUGGUGAGGGACACAGGCCUGGGCGUGCUGGGGGCGAUGGAACAGAACAAUGUUCCUAGCCGCUUCGACGAACUCCUCUGCGCCAUGAUUGUGCAGCAUGCCGUCUUUGAGAUUGACCACAUCGAAAGCCUGAGUUCCCAGUCCGCGUUCAUCGGCUGGGCUACCUUGACCCCCGAAAUCCAGGACAACGCUGAGUUAUUCGCACGACUGGUGCGAGAUGAUCAUCAACUCUCGGCAUCAGUAGAUGCCCGACAGGCCGGGUCCGUCCCUCCCACGCCCUCGUCGUCGGCCGUCAUGGGCGCCGGGGGGGGCGGCCUACCUGCUAGUUUUCCCUCCUACCCGACCAGUGUCGCCGACGCCGACCUCUCCUCCGACACGCCCAGGUACGCCCAACCGGCCUACAGCCCGAAUACGAACGAGUGGCCGUUGUCCCCAAACGGUGAUUUCUCCCCGGGAUGGCUACCGUAUUAUGGCACACCAGGCCCGUUCCCACCCGCUGGGUUCGUCGCCCACCCUGCCGUCGCCAAUGCCAGCAGCUUCGUCGCUCCACAGCAGCUUCAGGCCGAUUUCGACCCCUUUUAUCUCUUGAUGCAGCCGACCAACGUGGCUCAGUAUAGCGUGCAGGUGAAUAGGACAGCCGUGCGCCAAUCACCCGCCUUCGGUAUUUUCGUCGGCUUCAUAGAGGCAUUCAGCAGGUGUGACCUAGCUCACAUCUUCUCCCACAACGAUGCGAAUCCGCUGGUCCCUCCUCAGGACUACCCGCCGCCGAUGGCUCCUAGCCUUUCCCGCGAUGGGUGGUACCGUUUCCCCCCCCUCGAUACCUCUGUACUGGUCCAGCUAGAGACGGCAUGCGGGGGAGCCGUCGAGCAAGCGAUCGUCUCGACGGCCCGUUCGCUAGUGGAAUCGGGCAGGAUACACUCGUUCUGGGACGCGGCAAGAUACAUGUGCUAUCUGAGCGCGAACCUGCUGCCGUCGAUCAACUCGUACCGUUCCUUCGUGCGAGUCGUGCUGAGAGCCAACUCGCCCAACAGGCUCCCGACCGAGUCGGCCCAAGGCCUCAAACAGUAUGCCGAAGAGCUAGCGAGGAAUUUCCGCGGCGCGUUCUGUCCUGCACAUCUUCUCCGACCGCGACGCCCUUCUCAUAUGCCGCUCGGAGAGCCGUCAGGCGAUCGUCGUCACCCGCUCGCACCCUACACCGCCCUAUCGUCGCUGCCGACGACACAUAGCCGAAGCUUGACAGAUACCAGCACGGUGAUAUCGACAUUGUCGAGGACGGCGGCCACGACGCUGUCGGAGAACAGCGUCCCGAGCAGGCAAUGCUCAGACUGCGACAAAUCGUUCCACGGCAAGCAUGCGAGCUCCCACUUGUCGCGGCACCGGCGGGAACACCGGGGACCGCUCAGCACGGCCUGUCCCCUCUGCGGCAAGCCGUUCCCGCACCAGCGCACCGAUAACAUCCGUAGCCACUGCUGGAACGUCCACGGACAGGCGCUGCCCCGGAGCGGCAAGGCCUUCUGGGCGUCGCAGAAGGCCCGUCGCUCGGAUCGUCCGAACGAGUAG